AAUAGUGCCGCGAUAACACUAGAAUUGGGAUAAGGUGCAUGAAAUGAAUCCAUCUUUCGAUAAGAGAAGAAAGGAAUGAAGAAUCAGGCGUUGGUAGGCUGGUGAUUUGUAGACGGUGGCAGACGGAAAAGCACUUUAUCUUGUAUUUUGAAAAAAGGCGUCGAGGUAACCGUCUGAUCUUACUCCGUGACGUACCAUGAAACUGUAACACCCAUAAUGUACAAUGAAUGUGCAGUUCUGACUUUUAAAUGCGCUUCUUUUGUCUCCCUCAGACACGGACUAAUCGUCACAAGCUGCUAUCAGCUGAUUUGUACGUUUCUACGUUGUUGGAACUUUAAGUAAUGUGACUUGUUCUCUCAGCACUGGAAUUGGGAGGACCUUUUAGGUGCCCCAGCAUCCAUCUGGUUAAAAAAUGUUCUCGCGCAACCGCCACAACGGCCAGGACGGGAGCGGGGCCCCACAGUACGGCCGACCCAAGAACAAGCCCGUGGUGCACAAGAGGAGGCAGCAGAACCCCCGAGUGGCCAUCAUGCUACGUGGGAAAAUCCACCGUCUCCUACAGGGCUCGGCUGAUCUCUCUGUCCCAGCUUCGGAACUUUACUACGGAGGAAUCGAAGAGGAAGAUCAAGAAGAGCCCGAGGAUUUGCAAAAGGUGCAGGGCUGCUACAGGAGGGGAACGGCUUCAGUCGAGGUCUGCAACCUUCCGCCAGUCCCAAAUGGGAAAAAACACGACAGUGUUGCUGGAGCUUGCUGUGUAGGAGAGGUCGAGUUGAACCAAGAAGGAGGUAUACGAAUCCCUUGCACCUUGCAGCACAUCGAUCCAACAGAGUUACACGGAACUCAAGAUGUCAACGGACCAGGGUUUGCGUUCGGCAGGGGGCUUGCUGGUGGGACUUCGACGUGUCAGAAAGAUUUGCUUUACCGGUUUAACAUGGUGAUGCAGGAGAAGAUUGUGGAAGAAGACGAGGACGUAGAUCAAGAGGAGGAAUCGAGUGCCAUUAUUGAGCAUAUACUAAAGGAACUAAAGGGCAUCAAUAAAAUCCAGGAGGAAAUUUCAGAUCUAAGGGAGUACCUGUCUUCUGUCCAUGGGUCUGUUGAAGAAGUGUCCAGCUGUGUGGAUGCAGUUUUAAUGGAAAUUGAAGGCAUUCGCUCAGGUACCAGGUCUCGUGUGGAGAAAUGGCCUGGUGCGGGGUCCAAGCACGAUCAGCAAUCUGACAGUCCUUUCGGCAAAACCUGUGACAAACUCCAUACUGUAGAAUGUAUGUGCUGUGGUAUGCAAGCAGGGUAUAAAGUGUCCUCACGCAAACAAACGUGUCCCCUGAGGCUUGAAAGAGACGCCUGUAGAGCUCUACCUAACUUCACCAGUACUAAUGAUACUGUCCAUAAUCCAUUUGGGCGUGGUAUGCCUGUACAGAGCUCAGAUAUACCCCCAAGCACCGUAAGAAGGAAGCAAAGCCUUGGAUACCCUGAACACCAAGAUGGCCAGGACUGUCUCAGUACUAGCUCCGUUUCCUCAGGUCAGAGUUCCAAGUCCGAAUCUGACCAGGACAGACCUUCUUCUGGAAGGGUGCACACUAGAGAUGAGGUACAGACCUGGGAUCAAACAGGCUUGGUACACAGUGGGAGUGGGGAGACGAGAUGGAGUGAAGGAGAUCCAUACUCCAGACAAGGCAGUUUUGAAGAAGGCACUGGAGACGUAGAUACCUGGGACCUUCUGAGAGAUGAAGCUGCUCAUACUGAACUGGAGGAAUCAGCUUCAGAGCACAUUGCAAUCUCUUCCAAUCCGCACUACAAUUCUCCUGCUAGCACAUGUAGUAGAGACGAGUGGUGUAGACAUAGAAGUCAACCAAAUCCAUGCAAGGUGGAUGGACAUCCUGAGGACUCAGCUGUGGAGUGCAGACACUUUGUAGGUGGUGAUCAAACAGCACAAACGUCACCACCAAGUCAUAAAUUUACUGCUGCUGAUUGUAAAGAAGAUAUUACAUGUUCCUCAGCUGAGAUGUGCACACACAUUGCUUUGAAUAUGGAGUCUACAGUGAAUGCCUUUGUCCCGGUGAAACGGCAACAUCCAACAAGCUCCCGUGAAUAUGUUCUUCAGCAGGAGCUGGAUACUGACCAAAGCAACAACGUAGGGUUUAAUGUUAAGAAGUUUGGAAGGGCAGUGCUGGAUUUCAAAUCUGCACUGAAAAUGGCGCUAAAGAAGCUAGAGACAGGUGGUGCAACCUCAUUAGUGGAUAAAGCUGAUCCCUCGAGUGAGCCUCAAGCAGGGGAAGACUUGCUGGAUACCGAUGAGUCAUCCAGGGAGGAAGUUCCUCAGAUGGAAUCACCUUGUGUUGAGGCUCUUCAAGCAGAAAUUUCCAACGCAAACACUUCUGUGCCGUCUCAAGGCUGCACACCUGAUCCUGACCACGUGGAGCCAAACGAGUCCAUCUCGACCUCAUCAAAUCCUUGUGACACCACACCAGAGUCUGUCAAGAGCAGUGUACAGACUGUAGAAACGUUGGAAACGAUUAUUUCAUCAGAACCGGAGCUCUCUAGUGAUACAACAUUGCACGCGGCUAUGGCCACCCACCCUGAGUCCCUGAGCACCGAGUCUGCAGAGGAGGACACGAGAGAAACCUCGAAGGAACCCACAGGAGAACAAGCAGAGGAUGGUGAACAAGAAGGAGACCACCCUGUAGAACUGAGCGAGAGAGAUGUUCGUAGGCUGAAGUGCCUGAGAACCUUCCAGCAGAUCCUUAGAGAGAAGCGCGAGAGCAGAAGACGCCUCGGCAUGGCGACCAUGUUCUCGUUCUCUGAAGGUGAUUUCAACCCAGAUGGGAGUCAGGAUGAAGAUCAGACACAAAGUUUUAAUGAUGGAGGCUCAAACCUACAGCCAUGGACCAGUACUGGUGGAGGAGGAGGAGGCGGGAUCUUCGGGAUUGACAGCAUGCCUGAUCUGCGCAGGAGGAAGCGAAUCCCAUUGGUUAGCGAAGUGUCCCUGGUGCAGUCCAGAAAAGCCGCCAUCUCGUACUCGCUGGCGUCUCGGCCCUCACUCAAAGACGAGGAGCUGAAGAGUCACGUGUAUAAGAAAACACUGCAGGCGCUGAUCUACCCCAUCUCCUGCACCACGCCGCACAACUUCGAGGUGUGGACGGCCACUACGCCCACCUACUGCUACGAGUGCGAGGGGCUGCUGUGGGGCAUCGCGCGCCAGGGCAUGAGGUGCACCGAGUGCGGGGUCAAGUGUCACGAGAAGUGCCAAGAGCUCCUCAACGCCGACUGCCUACAGAGAGCGGCAGAGAAGAGCAGUAAAACGGGCGCCGAGGACCGAAAUCAGAACAUCAUCUCAGCCAUGAAGGACCGCAUGAAGAUCCGCGAGAGGAACAAGCCCGAGAUCUUCGAGGCCAUUCGCACGGUCUUCAACGUCAACAAACUGAACCACGCCCAGCAGAUGAAGACUGUUAAGCAGACCGUGCUGGACGGGACGUCCAAGUGGUCCGCUAAGAUCUCCAUCACAGUACUGAGCGCUCAGGGUCUGCAGGCUAAAGACCGCACCGGCUCCAGCGACCCGUACGUCACGGUGCAGGUGGGCAAAACCAAGAAGAGAACCAAGACCAUCUACGGAAACCUGAACCCCGUGUGGGAGGAAACAUUCAACUUCGAGUGCCAUAACUCGUCGGAUCGUAUAAAAGUGCGAGUGUGGGAUGAAGACGAUGAUAUAAAGUCUCGGGUGAAGCAGAGGCUGAAGCGGGAGUCGGAUGAUUUUCUGGGUCAGAGCAUCAUCGAGGUCCGGACGCUGAGCGGAGAGAUGGACGUGUGGUACAACCUCGAGAAGCGCACGGAUAAGUCGGCUGUGUCGGGGGCCAUCAGGUUGCAGAUCAGUGUGGAGAUUAAAGGAGAGGAGAAAGUGGCACCGUACCACCUACAGUACACCUGCCUGCAUGAGAAUAUCUUCCACUACCUGACGGACACUGAGGGACAGGGUGUGGUGAAGCUGCCUGCUGCUCGAGGUGACGACGCCUGGAAGGUUUAUUUUGACGAGGUGGAGCAGGAGAUCGUGGACGAGUUCGCCAUCCGCUACGGCAUCGAGUUCAUCUACCAGGCCAUGACACACUUUGCAUGUCUCUCCUCUAAGUACAUGUUACCGGGUGUUCCGGCUGUGAUGAGCACUCUGCUGGCCAACAUCAACGCUUUCUUCGCUCAUCCCACCUCCAGCACCAGCGUCUCCGCCAGCGACCGCUUCGCCGCUUCCAACUUCGGGAGAGAGCGCUUCAUCAGGCUCCUGGAUCAGUUACACAACUCCCUCCGCAUUGACCUGUCUACCUACCGGAAUAACUUCCCAGCCAGCAGCAAGCCUCGCCUGUCAGAUCUCAAGUCCACUGUAGACCUGCUGACCAGCAUCACCUUCUUCAGGAUGAAGGUGCAGGAGCUACAGGCCCCCCCGCGGGCCGCUCACGUGGUGAGGGACUGUGUGAAGGCGUGUCUCAACUCCACGUACGAGUACAUCUUCAACAACUGCACUGAGCUCUACAGCACGCAGUUCCAGACACACACACAGCCUCAGAAACGAAUGAAAGAGGAGGAUGAGGAAGAGAAAGGGGAGGAGCUAAAGGAGGAGGAGGUGGGGCCAAGCAUCCUGAACCUGGACUUCUGGCCCAAACUUAUCACACUCAUAGUGUCCAUCAUCGAGGAGGACAGGAACUCAUACACACCGGUUAUAAACCAAUUUCCUCAGGAGCUGAACGUAGGAAAACUGAGUGCUGAUGUUAUUUGGACGCUCUUCGCUCAGGACAUGAAGUACGCACUAGAAGAGCAUGAGAAACACAGGCUGUGUAAGAGUGCUGACUACAUGAACCUUCAUUUCAAAGUGAAGUGGCUCUACAACGAGUAUGUGAGAGAUCUGCCCUCUGUUUCAAACACAGUGCCCGAGUACCCAACCUGGUUUGUAGAGUUUGUGCUGCUGUGGUUGGGUGAGAACGAGGACGUGUCCAUGGAGUUCAUGCACGGUGCUCUGGAGAGGGACAAGAGAGACGGGUUCCAGCCGACAUCUGAGCACGCUCUGUUCUCCUGCUCGGUGGUGGACAUCUUCACACAGCUCAACCAGAGCUUCGACAUCAUCAAGAAGCUCGACUGUCCCGACCCCGGCAUCGUGGCCAAGUACCACCGCCGCUUCGCCAAGACGAUCAGUAAAGUGCUGCUGCAGUACUGCACCUCUCUGUCCAACAGCUUCCCGUCCUACUGCGAGAAGGAGAAGACGCCGUGUGUGUUGAUGAAUAAUGUGCAGCAGAUGCGGGUGAUGCUGGAGAAGAUGUUUGAGUUUAUGGGAGCCAAACAGUUGGACUCAGAAGCAGCAGAAAUCCUGAACGAUCUUCAGGUUCAACUCAACACGGUUCUGGACAACCUGAGCGCUGUGUUUGCUAAGAGUUUCCAGGCACGUAUUAGUGUGUGUAUGCGUCAGGUGGGUGAGAUGGUGUAUCAGGUUAAAGGUCCUCUGAAUCAGAUGUCCAGGAACACUGCUGAGUCGGACGCGGUCACAGCGCUCAGGCCGCUCAUGGAGUUCCUCGACUCUCAUCUGAGUAUAUUUGCAGAUGUGUGUGAGAAGACGGUGUUAAAGCGUGUGCUGAAGGAUCUGUGGAGGAACGUUCUGAUCUGCAUGGAGAAAACCAUCGUACUGCCUGAGAGCAAUGAAAGCAUUGGUGCUCAGCUUCUCACCGCUGCCAAGGAGCUCUCCAAACUGAAGGGAGGAGGCGAGGCCAAGUACCUGUCUCCAAGGCAGUGUGUGGUAAUGGAGGCGGCUCUAGAGACCAUCAAGCAAUUCUUCCACGCGGGCGGUGAUGGUCUGAAGAAGUCGUAUCUGGAGAAGAGUGAUGAGCUCCUCUCUCUGCAUUACGCUCUGUCUCUUUACGCUAAGAGCACCGACGAGCUCAUCCGCACCUUCAUCAUCACACAGCACGCACAGGUGCACAACGGCACAAGCAUGAGGAUCACACCUAAAGAGAGCUUACGACCUGAAAGAGCUGCUGGAGUUGAGCAGUUUAUAGGUGAGGCUGUGAUUCAGGUGGACACGACGCCCCCCACUGCCCACACCGAGCAGAAGAUCACCGUCAAAGUGAUCGGGGUGAACGAUAUGAAGUGGCAGACCUCGGGACUGUUCCGUCCGUUUGUGGAGGUCAGUCUGAUCGGUCCGAUGCUCGCAGAGAAGAAGCGAAAAUUCACCACCAAGUCCAAGAACAACUGCUGGACGGCCAAAUACAGCGAGAGCUUCCUGUAUGUUCUGGGUAAAGGUGUGAGCGCAGAGUUCUACGAGCUGCAGGUGACGGUGAAGGAUUACUGCUUUGGGCGGGCGGACCAGGUGGUGGGCGUGGCCGUGAUCCCGUUGGCCCUGGCCGUCGGACCUGAGAGGCGGAGCUUCGUGUGUUGGUGCCCACUGGGCCCGAGCAUCAGCACGGAUCAGACUGGCACCACGACCCUGCGCAUCCUCGCCCAGCGCCAUGACGACGAGAUCGCCAAGGAGUUCAUCCGACUGAAGAGCGAGAGACGACCUACAGAGGAGGGGAGGUAGAGAGAGGGAGAGAGAGAGAGAGAGAGAGAGAGAGGUGGAGAGAGAGAGUGAGGGAGAGAGGUAGAGAGAGAGGAGGAGAGAGAGGGAGAGAGAGAGGGAGAGAGAAAGAGAGAGAGAGAGAGGUAGUGGGAGAGAGAGGUGGAGAGAGAGAGUGAGGGAGAGAGGUAGAGAGAGGUAGAGGGAGAGAGAGAGCGAGGUAAAGGGAGAGAGAGAGGAACAGAGAGACUACAUGUGUGCACCCAAAGCUGAUUCCUUUUUUUGCCAAACUCAGACUCCUGCUCUUUAUACACUCUUUGCUCUUGGUGGCCUUAAAAAGGGGUCUUAUAAUCUUGCCUUUUCAUUGACACACCCCCC